AUGGCACAGCAAACGCCACUACCUUUCUUUCGUCAAAAAAGAAUCAUAUCAAGCCUCAAUGUACCUCGUCGAUAUGAAGUGCCCGUUGCUAUACUAAGAGCCACCAGUUUCGUACCUGCCACACUCAACGUGAUUCACAACUUGAAAGCAGCAUGGCGAGUGCCACUCAGAGAUGCAGGUGGGCCCUUGAUGAUACAGACAACACAAACAGAAUACUAUGUAGCCGUGCUUUGGUGCAUAUUGGCAGGUUAUUGGAGCUGGAUCUUGACAACCAGUAUGAUGAAACGUUGGCUCUAUCAUUACGAAAUCAAACAUGCCAUUAUUCGACUAUUGACACUGAUUGUUGUCACAUGGUGUCUCUCUGGCCUUGUUACGUCCACCAUGGACCCAACCACAACAGAUCCCAUCAAAAGCCAAAUGACGCUUUGUUUCAUCUUGCUCUUAUUCAACUUUAUCAAGCUGACGUUUGCAUCGAGCCCCAAAUACAGCCAAAAGCUGGAAGACGUCUUGCCCACCGCACGCUUCAACUUGAAAAGCACAGCCGUUCGCAUCUUGCUGUUACCGUUGCUGGUGGUCAUGGCAUUAUCCGCUUUUGUCUUGACCGGUCAAAUCAAUCGAUUUCAGUACGCCAACAUCUUAUUGAUGAAUCAAAAGCACUUUGAACUGGAUAGCACCGCCAGCCCAGCAGCCAGCGGUGGAUUGACCGUCUUGGUCCUGAUUGUGUCUUCUUGGACCUCACAAGCCGCAGAAAAGAGACAACUGCUAAGAGACUCUUCGUUACAUUGGACACAGGGCAGGGACGGCAGUGACACAAAUAUCAUUUAUCGCUUUGUGGUAGGCCAACCACCCUCUUCACGUAUUCAGUCUUGGAUGGGACCAAAGAUGGUAGCAGAAUCGGAGAAAUAUCAUGAUCUACUGGUAGUACCAGCGCCUGAUCUACCGUCUGACAAGAGCAAAAAGGUGUAUGAGGCUCUUCGAUGGGCGUCUAGCUCGGUACAGCAUGAUUACCUUAUCAAGACGGAUGAUGAUGUGUUUGUACGUUGGGAUGUGGUGCGUAAGGAACUGGCGGCUUUGGGUCCUCAAGACAACUACUGGCAGGGCUUUGUAUACAGAAACAUGCCAGUCAACUUUUUCAAUCCAUCCAAACGCAUGCUCAUCGACUAUGGCAUGCCCGUGCUACCGACAUUCACUUCAGGCACUCUGUAUACACUCUCCAGAAACAUGGUGGAUUUGAUUGCACACAUAGACUAUCCACAACGAUUCAUUGAGGCAGACGAUGUGAAUUUAGCCAUGUGGCUGUUUGGGUUUGAUGUGCAGCCUGUGCACGAUAAGCGUAUUCAAGACACUCCAGAUGUGUGUGAGGAAUCCAUGAUCGCCAAACGCAUCCCCUCGCAUGAUACAUUCAAGAGCACCGUCCACACACUCUACAACAACAUCCUUCAUAAAGAUCCACAAUGCAUUGGCCUCAACAAGCAAAAGAAAUGCGCUACGUGUUAUCCAUGCCACGGCAAAUCAGACGAUUGGCGAUCCCAGAAUCUCGACUGCAAUCCCGGGCGUGGCGUCUCUUUGCUCAAGCAGCCAGACUAUGUCAAGAUUCCAGACCCCAAUGUCAAGGAUCAGCUGGAAGCCUCUGUCAUUGGCGAAAACGACCAAUGGAUCAUUAAGGAUAUCCUAUCUGCAAAGACAUCGAUUUACACCGAGGACGAAGCCAACUGGCAUCUCUUGUACUGGGUGUGUUGGACCAGCGACCCCUCUACAUUCACAGAUCGACACUGGCGCGCACUGGAGAUGGUCUGGAUCCACGAGCCCAAUGCCGUCAUUAUCAUGAUGUCCAACUCGUUGCCAGAGAACUUUUUCGAUGAUUACACGCGCCGUGGUUACAAUAUCCAAGUCGUCAAUUUCAACAAGGAAAACCUGCUCAAAUGGCACUGGUAUUUCGGUCCUGGCACGCAGGAUUGGCUGCAAGAUUGGGACAAGUGGGAAAAGGGGAAAUUCUUUUACUGGCAUUUGACAGACUAUAUCCGCUGCUUGUUGCUGUACAAUUAUGGCGGUACCUACAUGGACAUGGAUGCGCUUUGGAUUCGUAUACCACCCGAUCACAACCUCGAGUUUAUCGGCUCGGAUUACUCCAGCGUGCACUCGGAUCGUGAAUGGACGUUGGAUGAUAAGGGGUUAUAUCUGCCGCAAGGGCUGAUGCGAUUCAAACGUGGCUGGAAGCUGUUCCGUGAGAUGGCAGAAGGUGCGUUCUCUGCUUUCAACUAUGAUCCCGAAUGCUUCAAUUGUGGUGGUCCCAAGGCCAUCACGUCGUAUGUGCGUCAACGUCGUGGUGUGCUGGAGGAUGCUGGCCUGACCAUCUUGCCUCGCAAGGUGCUCUAUCCUUUCAGUUACUUGGAGAUCCACAAGUUGCUUCAACCCAAUGCUUUGGCGGAGCAAGAAAUGAAGAACAAGAUUGAGCCUUAUAGCUGGAACAUCCAUCUGUUUGGUAAAAUGACCAACCACCUGCCUGUGCAGCCCAACAGUGUCAUUGAUUAUGUGUUUAAAAAGUUUGAUCUGGAUCUUCCUCAUCGCGAUACAAGCUCACACAAAAUCAUCUCUUCCACACAAUCCAUGACUGUGCCCAUGCAGCUGGUAGGCCCUCGCGAUUACAUUUACAAGGCUAUUUCAGAACGCAUGCUGGAGGACGACCGCAAGAAGGAAAACCUGCUUCGACUUCAACCCACGCCUGGCAAAUUCCAAGGCAUCAAUGUCAUUUACGUGCGAGGUGGUUCUGAUCGCAUUCCCAAGGUCACGAUUGAGCUGGACACGGCGCUUGGACGUUCCAGCAUCCGCAAUGGUACACAUGAAAAGCAUAUCACUUGUCAACUUGAAAACGUAUCCAUGAAGGAAGUCAACAGUGCCUUGAAUUCCAUCGAAUACAGUCCACCUACCUUGAUGCUGGCCAAUGGUGGCAGAGAUCGACUCAAGGUGGAUGUCACCUACGAUCAUGGAGGACAGUACUUGGAGAAGAGUCAAUUGCAAAUCACAGUGGUGGUGAUGGAGCCAGAGGAAGAAGACGACAAGCUGGAAGACGAUAAGCAAGAUGAAGCUCUCUUGUUGAACAAGAAAAACAAGGAAUAG